AUGAAUGUAGUAGACAUGGUCUAUGAUUGGGAUGCCCACGAGAAGCUAUGUUUCCAGCUCUACAUCAACGAGAAGAGGUCCCUCGAGGAUAUCAUGGCGUACCUGAAAAUCCACCAUGACUUUUCACCUUGCAAACGAGCUUUCCAGACCCAGUUCCGCAAAUGGGAUUUCCCAUCCAAGCAGAAUCCGGCGUACAAGAACGGCCGGUUGGUGGCGCGCGUCAAGGAGCUGUGGGAGCGGAACCUGUCGCAGCGGGAGAUGCUGGCCGUGUUGAGGGAGGACGGGUUCGAUAUUAAGAAGCGCGAGCUUAUUCGCGUGAGGACGAAGAAUCGGUGGCUUUUGAAGGCUGCGAAUGGGGAGCGGUCCAAGGAGGUGGGGGAGUCGGAGGGGGCGGAUUCGGGUCAGCGGCAAGACGCCCUGAAUGCCCCCGAUGAUGGCUUCGGUGGCCAGGGACUGCAGAAUGGUGAGGGUGUCGUGACGCCUGGUACGCUUACGGAACGGGAGAUGCUUGUGUCGCCGCUGCCGGGCGAGGGCGAGGGCGAGGACGAGGACGACGAGGUCGGCGCGGUAUGGGACAAGGAGGGUAACAUUAGCAGCAACAACAAUACCAACAACAGGAGGAAGAGACGGCGGCUGCGAGCCUGGGAGGCUGCAUCGUCCCACGACUUACAACCCCCCAUCGCCCCGCGCUUCCCUUCGGAGACGACGCUCGACGAGGCAAAGGCCAUUCUCGGGCUCGCGACGGACGUGUACCGUCAGGUGCGUGUCACGUUUACACGGCUGUGCGAGGAGUCUGGCAUCGUCAAGAAGACGGUUGCCGGGCCUGAGAGGUGGGAGGCCGUCAAGGGCCGACUUUUAAGGGAGACGCCGCGGCUGAGGGCGGUCAUGUGGGAUGAAGAGUCUGGGGAUGGGAACGGCAACGGCAGCAACCAUGAGUCCAAGAGACUGGCGCUCGAUAUCAUAUGCACAGACAUUACGAAGCGGGCGCGGACGCAGGAGAAGCGGCUCACGCUCGCCGAGGCGAGGAAUAUUCUUGGGGUCAACCCGGAGGAGGCGAGGGAUCUUCGCGCGGCGUUUGAGAGGAUUCUGAAGCGGGAGGGGCUCAGUUGCAAGUCUGAGGCUGGGCCGGCGCAGUGGGGGGAGCUUAAGGCGCAGUGGGAGGCAGGGUCGGAGAUGAUGCGGCGAAUUCUUGCUGCUCGGGGAAGAGAAGAAGAAGAUGACGGUGUUUCUUCUGCUGCUCAAGCUCAUGCUGAAAAGGUGCGGGCUUUGGAUGUUCUUGCAAGGGACGUGAUGAAGAGGUUGAGGGAUGAUGCCUCGAGGCGGGAGCAGCCACGGAAACGAGGGGUCACGAGACAGACGCAGCCAAGUUGCGACGACACAAAACGGCAAGAGGAUGUCCAGGCGAGUCAAGUCCAGGUCCAACCCGCACAGCCAGAGAUGGUUGAUGAUUUGGGAGGGGAGGAGGACUUGGGCGGCGCUCAGUACGUUGAUGCUAGCCAGGUAUCUGUACCGUCGUCCAUGGGACUCGUGCCCGGCUCAGGCGGAAGCCAGCAACCGCAGAUGCUCAUGCCCACCGUGUCGAUGCAAGUUCAGGCCGCCGCGGCCGCCGACCCGAUGGGCCAUUCCGCGGCGCGGAUCCUCUCUUCGGCACUCCUCGGACAGGCGAAUAUGGGGCUGGAGUCUCACCACAUGGGCUCGUCUCUCUUACUAGCAGCCGACGCGCAGGCAGCAUUUGUAGACCAGCAAUACGCGCAGCAAUUCGCAGUAGCUGCCGCCGCCGCGCAGCAGCAGCAGCAGCAACCAGUCUUCCACGCGCCGCCGUCACCUCUACCACAACACCCGCAGCCGCCGUCCGCGAGCAUAGCCGUCUACCUACGUCUCCACCCCUCGUCUACCUUUGUCGCUACAACGACCAUCUGGAUCGCGACGCUGAGCUCGCAUUCCGUGCAGGAGCUGCGUCACGCGGCGGCGAGUAAGUUCCCGGGAGCGAUAUGCCUCCGGCUGGAGGGGGUGUUGAAGGAUGGCAAGGGCGGGGAGAUGCCGUUGUCGAUUGAGCAGGAUGGGGAGCUUGCUGCGUAUUUGGCGCAUUUGAGGGGUGCUGGUGGGGGGCUUGGGACGCCGACGUUUAAUGUGCAGCUUAUUCCCGGGUGGAAGACUUGA